AUGGUAGCACAGAAACGUCUUAAGUUGAUUACUGGGUUUUCAAAGUUGAUGCCAAUGAUAUUUGAGGGUGGUGCAGAUCCAAUGGUAGCGGACGACUACAUGGGCCAAGUGGAAAACCACUUAACUUCUAUUAAUGUGUCGGAUUAUCAUUUGAAAAUCAUUUUGGCUACUUAUAAGUUUUCCAAGGACGCCAAGCUUUGGUGGAAGUCAGUUAUUAACCAGCACAAGGUAGAAUACAUGAGGUUGUAUAUGUUCGAGUUGUUUUAUGAGAAGUAUUUUCCAGUUACCAAGAGGUGGGAGCUAAGGAAGCAGUUUGAUGAUCUCAUCCAAGGCAACAUGUCAGUGACAGAAUAUGAGAAUAAGUUUACCUCUCUUUCUCGCUUUGCUCCAUAA